AGGCCUGUCCCCGCCCCGCUGCGGCCGCUUCUGCCGGCCAUGGCCCGCGAGGGCGGCUGGUUCCAGCUGGGCUUCCGCCUGGAGGAGGGCGCGGGGCUGGAGCCCGCCCGGCUGGGCGCCUCGGGGGCGAUCCGCGCGGUGCGGCCCAGCUGGAGCUUCUUCGGGCUGGUGGCGGCCGGGGCCCCGCCGGUGCUGCAGGGCGCGUUGCGCGCCGCGCUGCCCUCCGACUGCCGCGACCUGCUGCCCUCCGAGACGCACGUGCUGCUGCUGCGGGAGGCCGCGCUGGAGGCCCGGCGGGUGGAGGCCGGCCCGGCCCUGGACGGCGCGCCGGCUUGGCGGAGGGAGCUCCGGCCGGAGGAGGCGGCGGCCGCAGGUGAGCGAGCGGCCCCGGACGGGGGGACUGGCCGGGGGCCGGAGCCGCGCUGCCUUGGCUCUCUUCUCCCCGCAGAGCUGCCCUUGGUGCCGGGCGGUUACGUGGUGCCGCGGCCGGACUUCUUCAGGCCCCUGGCGCCGUCCCUGCGGGCCCGCAAGCUGGCGCUGGGCCACGAGCACGUCCUGCUGCUCUGCGCCGGGGGCGCGCUCUUCGCCUGGGGCGGCGGCAGGCACGGACAGCUGGGCCACGGGGAGCUGGAAGGCGUGUCGGAGCCGCAGCUGGUGGAGGCCUUGCAUGGCGUGCCCAUGGGAGAGGUGGCGGCCGGCGGGUGGCAUUCCGCCAGUGUCAGUGAUACAGGCGAUUUAUAUAUGUGGGGCUGGAAUGAAUGGGGGCAGCUUGCACUGCCUUCCAAGACGAUGGCGGAAAGUCACGGGGCCACUGCAGUGAAUGCCGAGAGCAGCACGCCGGCCUCCGGAUCUUCAGCACAGCAGGAGAGUCCCAAAGCUGCGUUCAUUUCAAUCCAGGCCUUUCCAGCGCUGCUCGAUAUGCCUCAAGGGGCAGACGUCAGCAAGGUCAGCUGCGGAUCACGCCACACGGCUGCUGUGACACAAACUGGGGAUCUCUACACGUGGGGCUGGGGUAAAUAUGGGCAACUGGGACACGGGGACACGGCUAGUUCUGACCAACCAAAGAAAGUUUGCUGCUUUGGAGACUGGGGCCUUGUAGUGGUGGAUGUGGUAUGUGGGCCGUGGACCACCUUCACCCAUGCUUUGCCCGGUAAGGUCGGCAAGACUUGUUCCUGACAGCCUCCUGAUUAAGGAUGCCUGGAGGAGGCCCUAAGCAUUGCCAGAAAGAACAUUUUUAAAAACACAGACUAUACCCAAGUAGAAACAUUCACACUGUAUUUCAUGC